AUCGCGCUGGCAUGUCUCAAUCUCCCUGUUGAAAUUCGAUACGCCCCCGAGAAUCUAUAUCUCGCCGGUCUGGUUCCAGGUCCUCGUGAGCCAACCCUCACAGAGUUGAACCAUUACAUUCGGUUCAUCGUCGACGAUUUUCUUGUUGGUUGGCAUGAUGGCUUUUUCCUGUCUCGCACUGCACUCUACGAAAGCGGUCGUCUCAUGCGAGUAGCCCUAGCUAAUGUUGUGUGCGAUCUACCCGCCGCUUGGAAAAUGGCUGCGUUAGCGCCGUCCACCUCCAGAAAGUUCUGCAACGUAUGCGAUUGCUGGCAUCCUGUGAAUCAUAAUGACCCGCGGUGGCGGCGUACUAAAAUGGGUCGAGUUGACUACGAGCGGUGGAACUGUCGAGACGUCGCCCAGAUGCGUGUUGACGCGGAGCGAUGGAGAGAUGCCACGUCGAAGAAGGAACAGGAAACUAUAUUCAAGCGAACCGGUGUACGAUGGUCCGAACUUUGGCGGCUGCCGUAUUGGGACCCAACUCAACAGUUGGUCGUGGAUAGUAUGCAUUGUCUUCUCGAGGGUCUGGCUGCCUUCCAUUAUAUCUCGUUACUU